AUGUACGUGGUCAUGAAACUGCAGCAACAAAACACAAAGGGUAAUGAAGGGGUGGAGGUUUUAGAGAACAGACCCUUUGAGGAUAAUGUACUGGGGAAGGGUCAAUUCACAUUAAAGAUUUAUCGCCUGCAAAGCAAAGCUCCUGCUUGGCUUACCGCCUUUGCUCCCCCAGAUACUCUAGUGAUGCAAGAGGAAGCCUGGAAUGCAUAUCCAAGAUGUAAAUCAGAACUCAUCAAGUUUGCUCUUUUGCAGUGCCCAUACUUCCCUAAGUUUUGUUUAACUAUUGAAACUAUACACAAAGCUGACAAUGGACACUUGGAAAAUGUGCAUUGUCUGAGUAAAGAACAACUAGCAAACAGACAGCUGGAAAAUAUUGAUAUUGCUUCUGCUGCAAGCGACUAUUGGGGUUACAUAGUUGGAAUUAGCGGUAUUGAUCUGUCUAAAUUCCAAUCGGCAAGGACUGGGCGUGGUCCACUUUUAGAGGGAUGGCAGGAUAGGUGUAAUCCGAUUAUGACAGCAUACAAGUUGGUGACAGUAGAUGUUCCAUACUGGGGCUUUGGUAGUCGACUGGAACAAGCAUUUCUAGCGGGUGAAAGAUCACUUUUCCUUGAAAGUCAUCGGAAUUGUUUUGCUUGGAUUGACGAAUGGUUUGGGAUGACAGUAGAAAUGAUGCGAGAGCUUGAAGAACAAAGUGAUUCCUCAUUGAAUAAGGUAAGAAUAUCAUAAACUUCAGGCAUUGCUUGGAAAGUAAAAGUGAUCAAUAAUGAUUACUACUGCUGAUUUGACAAAAGAAUAGUUCUACCAAGUUCAAAUUGGCAGUGGGUCUUUCAGUGGCUUGUGAGAUUUUUUGAUGAAGUAAAUUGUUUCUUCGAACAAUUUCUAAUUUCUUUGCUCCAACUUUUGAGACAUGCUUAUUCUACUGGCCAUGAAAUUCCUUCUCUAUGCACGAUGAUAAUUAUCCUGGUACGUGUGCCUAAGAGUGUGCUUGUGCCUUUCUUUUUGCUUCUGUGUAUAUGUUCCAAUAGAUGCAUUUGUUGCUCAUAUUGUCCAAUCCAAUGUCACAUUGAAGGUCUUGUUUCUAAAGUUGUUUGAACUGGUUUGCUUUUCACUUGGCAAAAGUAAACAGUGCAAUAUUUAUUGGGAACUGAGUUCAUGAUUUGUGCCAUUAGCCAGUAAUUCAUUAUCAUGGUUUUGUAGCGUUGUUAAGUCUUUAAGAGCUCUGAGUUCUAAAACGGGGCGGAAGGGUGAGAUUAAAUGUUGCAGGACAUUUGUCUUCCCUUGCAAUCAGCUUUUAAGAUUAUCGUGCUUCAUGGAUUCAGAGCUGUUGAUUGUGACUGACAUUAGAAUUACAUGCUUUGCCUAAAGAUCUUUUUCACUGUACAUUGUCUUGUGAAAGCAAGAACAAGUUUUCUUUGUUGGCCGAGCUAAGAUGAUAGCUUUGUGAAAUUGAAGCUCUCAUAGGGAGCUUGUUUAUAUUAGUGAUGAUCUCUUGUAAUCCUCAAUCCUUAGUGCUGUGCAUUGCUUAAACUAAUGACAUGAAAAGCACAACCUACUUGUUUCAUCUGUGAUGUGAAUUAUGAAUGUUUCCAUAUCUUUUGGAUGCCCAUGCCCUGUUGACCUGCAACAAUGGAUGCUACAUAACGGGUUAUUGUUUACUUGUCUUGAAGAUGCUUUCACACGAGUUAAAAGGAAAAGUAGAUAUUAGGGUUUAUGAGAAAGAGAAGAAAGGAGGAAGAGAGGAGAAAGAGAUUAAGACAAAUAAUCAGUUAUGUAGGCUAUGUUGUCCUACAUUCUCUUAUUUAUAAAGCAAACUGAUAUUAGGGAAAUUACAAUAGUACUCUACACAACUAAUAGUAUAAAUAAGGACUCUAACA